GAGACCAUCGGAGCAAUGCGCAGAAGGAUACAGACAGGAGGUAAGAAGCAAGGAGAGACUGAAAGUAGAGGCUAACGGGAUGGAGCCGAGAGGAGGAGUCUGAAGAGAAAGAGAAGACAGUGAGAGACAGAGAAGAAAAGAAGGAAGCGGGAGAAAGGGGUCACAGAGUGAGCGUGGAGGAUGAGAUUUCUCUAUGCUGGCUAAUUCUGGAACUGGAGACUGUUUGCUUCAGCAGCGGGUUGGACAGCAGCAAAGUAACAUGGAAAGCAGGAGACACAUCUCCCAGCUACCUCUUCGACACCCAGAGAUCCGGGAGGUGCUCUCAGGUCAACUUCGGUUUUCCAGCUGGAGUCUCUGAGCAUCCUGUAUCGAGGGAGGCUCGGAGCGUCUUGAAGCUACUCCUCUGAGAUGCUCACGCCGCAGCAGUAAGAACUUCCUGCUCGAGUUCCCACAGCUCCUUCCUCUGAAACUCUCCGGAGUGAGCCGGAAGACCCCAGGGGGAGGGGCGAGGAAGAUUCUCCCCCAGCUCUUUCUCUCCUCCCUCGUCUGCCCCACCCCUCCGGGCUCUCGGACAGGCAUGGAUGUGCUCAGCCUUGGCCAGGGCAACAACACCACGUCCCAAGGACCCUUUGGGACAGGAGCCAACAUUACUGGAAUCUCUGACGUGACCUUCAGCUACCAAGUGAUCACCUCUCUGCUGCUAGGCACCCUCAUUUUCUGCGCGGUGCUGGGCAAUGCGUGCGUGGUAGCUGCCAUCGCCCUGGAGCGCUCCCUCCAGAAUGUGGCCAACUAUCUUAUCGGUUCCUUGGCGGUUACUGACCUCAUGGUGUCAGUGCUGGUGCUGCCCAUGGCAGCGCUGUACCAGGUGCUCAACAAGUGGACUCUGGGCCAGGUUACCUGCGACCUAUUUAUCGCUUUGGACGUGCUGUGCUGCACCUCGUCCAUCCUGCACUUGUGCGCCAUCGCUCUGGACAGGUACUGGGCCAUCACGGACCCCAUCGACUACGUGAACAAGAGGACGCCCCGGCGCGCCGCUGCGCUCAUCUCGCUCACUUGGCUCAUUGGCUUCCUCAUCUCCAUCCCGCCCAUGCUGGGCUGGCGCACCCCCGAAGACCGCUCGGACCCCAACGCGUGCACCAUCAGCAAAGACCAUGGCUACACUAUCUACUCCACUUUCGGCGCUUUCUACAUCCCUCUGCUGCUCAUGUUGGUUCUUUACGGGCGCAUUUUCCGAGCCGCGCGUUUCCGCAUUCGCAAGACGGUCAAGAAGGUGGAGAAGAAGGGAGCAGACACCCGCCUCGGAACCCCGCCGGCUCCACAAUCCAGGAAGAACGCGAACGGGCAGCCAGGCGACAGAGACUGGGGGCGGGGCGUGGAGGACAAGGCGACGGGGGCUCCGUGCGCCAACGGCGCUGUGAGGCAGGGCGACGACGGCGCCAGCCUGGAGGUGAUCGAGGUGCACCGGGUGGGCAACUCCAAAGAGCACCUGCCUUUACCCAGCGAGGUCGGUGCUGCCCCCGGCGUCCCCGCCUCCUUCGAAAGGAAAAAUGAGCGAAACGCCGAGGUGAAGCGCAAGAUGGCUCUAGCCCGCGAGAGGAAGACAGUGAAGACGCUGGGCAUCAUCAUGGGCACCUUCAUCCUCUGCUGGCUGCCCUUUUUCAUCGUGGCCCUGGUCCUGCCCUUUUGUGAGAGCAGCUGCCACAUGCCCACUCUGUUGGGUGCCAUAAUCAACUGGCUGGGCUACUCCAACUCUCUGCUAAACCCCGUCAUUUAUGCCUACUUCAACAAAGACUUUCAAAACGCGUUUAAGAAGAUCAUCAAGUGCAAGUUCUGCCGCCGAUGAUGUCAAUGAUGAAGAGUCGGAGAGUGAGGCUACCGGACCGCUCCAUCCGCUAUGUCUUCCUCAGCACCCUGGAAUCCACACCUGUAUCAGCUUGCUUUCCCUGACUUGUUUCAGCUUCCGCGCGCCCUGGAUUUUCGAACUUCGUCUCCUCCUCCCUGCGGGCCAGAGCCGGGCGCCCAGUGUGGGGGUCUCCAGCUGUGCAGCGCGAGCACCCAGGAGUUCCCGGUCGGUGAGCAGUGACAGUGUCUCGGAUUUUGACCUGCGCACCGGUUUUGAUACCACUAAUCAUCUCCUUUCCUUCCAUCCCCAAAUUUUUGCGGUGGAAGUUCAAGCCUCAGCCUUUCAAGGCAGAAAAUCCACAAAGGAAAAAUAAAAGAAUGCACACAGCCGCUGCGCCCGCCCACUAACGGCUUCCAGCUGCCUGCACCACUUCUGCAACUUGGGCUUUGAGGUUUAGGAUACUGCUGUUUCUGUUGCGCUUUUAUCUUAGAAGCCACACUUUUCUCCGGUCUCGUCGCUUCUUUCCCUUCCCUGCUUGCCUCGGCUCUCCCUGACCCUAAGCACUCACCGCUGUCCUGGGCAAGAGGUAGGGCUUGCUUUCCCCCAGGCCAGCGGCUACUCUGUAACCCUUCUGCGCGCAGUUGGGCUCGCCACGCGUUUUCUAGGACUCAGAACUAGUGACUGGAAGGUGCCUCUUAGAGUGGACUCGUAAGUACAAAGCCGGGCCACUUGGGCAGAGCAAGGAGGGAGAACAGUACUUUUCGUUCGUGCUUGCCUUGGCGUCAGCACCCACCAAAGACACGGGGAAUCCGGCCACGGUGGACUUCUGUUGGUCUAGGUCGCGCGAGGGCCAGUCUUCACUUCCCGGCGUUGCGGCUUAGCCACUGCGGGAGGCGCCAGCCGGCCGCGGCGGGGCCCUGGGACUGAAGCCUGAGACCUGGGCGGUCGCUCACCUGUGCUCUGCGGCCGGCCUGAGAGUCCAGGGCCGGGGUCUUCGCAAGCUCUGGGACCCGUGAGGCGCGGGAAGUCAAAUUAGGGUUUCUCAAAGCAGGGGACACGAGGUCCUGCAAGCUCCUGGUAACUGGGAGACGAAGAAGCCAUGGGGACGGAGAGGGGAGGCCAAGCGGAAAGACUGUAGCUGCUCUUCUCCAGGAACCUGGGAGGACAGUUUUAUGCAUGGGAUGCAGACUUUCCACUCACUUUUAGUUCCUUCCCAGUUUGCGGAUAGGUUUGUUUGGUGUUGUCCUGACACUGCCUGGAUUUGUUCGGCAGGCAGGCGUCCAGGACACAAAGGGCAGAACUUUCUUUUCCAAGUAAGGAUUGUGACCUUCCGUGGAAUGGCUCCCAUCCUGCUGGCACUUUCUGUGAGCUCAGAGGCUGAGACCUUCAAUAAUGGGGUCCCAAAGGGCUAGACAGGUGCCUGCUGUCUUUCACAAGGGUCUCUGAAAAUCUUGUAGGGAGUAAUAUUUAUUCCCUGAUCUGGAGGUUCUGUCCCCCGAUCUCCUCCAGGUGUCCACGGGGAAACCAGCUUUGUGUCCUUUGAAUUCAUGGAACACCCCGAGCUUUCCAUCCCUCAAAAGUUACUCUUUCAGAGUCAUUAUUCCUGCUGCGUUAGUAUAAUCUUUGCUGUGCCCAGAAAGGGAAGUUGUUUUGGUGCUUGCUUUGAAUGUAAAUCCCCAACCAUGUGAAGGGAGAUCAAGAGAUUUGUUAUAGUUAAAUGUCCUUUAAUUUUCUGAUAAGUAGUGGUUUUAUUCUCCAGUAAUUACACAAUUAUUGAAUCUUACUCCUGUCUCCGUUCAACCACGCCUUUCUAAUGUUUGCAUUUGUUGUUUUGAGAACCCUGUUACAUUUUUAUAGAUUGCAAAAUUGCUGGUAAAAUAGCAACUUAUGUUUAAAAACAAGAAGGUGAAAGGGCAGCUUUAGCACUUGAAGCCAUUGUAUUGUUUUUCAAACUUAACAUUUUGAUGCCUUUUUCUCCUUUAAAUAAAAGUUAGAAACUUUCAGGGUGGCUUGACUAUGCACAUGUAAUGAUGAUGGGGGGGGGUCUGAUAGCAAAGAGAAGGUAGACUUCUGUGCAACCAUUAUUUGUUUAAAAACUCAAUUUCUUCUUUCUUUAAAUUAUCUAAAGCAAAAGUGUAUGAAAAAUGAACUCUCCUGUAUGUUUCACUGAAUUUUCAGAACAAAUUCUACAUUUAAAUUGAUUCAAAUCCAAAAUUUGCUCCUCCAAAUUAUGCUUUGGCCAGAAAAUAUUGCAUUUGAAAUAUUGAGACUUCUAUUUAUUUGUGUCUUUUACAGGAUUGUAUGGCCAUAAUUUUGGAGCAUUUGUUCCUGCUUUGGAAGUUUUACACAAGAAUGGAGAAGGAAUAUUCAAAUGGAUUGUAAUUGCCAAUCAAUAGUGAAAUUAGAGAAAUAAGUGCAAAAGAGCUAUAUGGCUCUAAAGAUCCCUGAUGCUUUUUUCUUUUAGAACACUUGUAUUAAGGUAAAGUAUUUAUGCACCAAAGUUGACCUUCACUUUUCCCUGUAACAAUAAUGGACUUUAUUAAUGGCGAUGCUACAAUAAACUGGUACCAGUAACAUA